AUGUAUCUAUCUAUCUAUUUUUCCCUUCAGUAUCUAUCUAUCUAUCUAUUUUUUCCCUUCAGUAUCUAUCUAUCUAUCUAUCUAUCUAUCUAUCUAUCUAUCUAUCUAUCAGCGUUGAUUAAUUUCAUUUUUUUAAACCAUUUCAGCGGUUGUGAAAAUAACGAAGGCGUGUUCAAGGCAGCCUAUUUGAAUUAUAUUGUGAACUUCAACAGCAUCUUCGACUACCCGAAGAAUAUGAAUAUAGAGAAGGAAUUAAAUAAAAUUAAAGUGAAUCUGAGCAGUGUCGAAAUCAAUACGCCAGGAGUCCAGACGCAACUUGACGACGCUAAGAAAUCGCUGGCGAUCAAUUUUCAGAAAUAUGAAAACGAAUUUACCAAAAUAAACAAUGCUAACAAACUGGUGGCUCUAGCUAGUACUUUGGAUAAUAUUGCUCAGAAUAUACCAAACCCGACUUUGUCUUCAAAUUUCAAGACACACGCCAACGAUGUUCGAAAUAUUGAAAACACUGAGCUGAAGAAGUUACAAAAUAUAAAAUCUAAUUUGGUAACUACACUGGAUGCCAUGAAAAAAUCAGUAACUUCAAUAAAUACUACUAUCGACUCGUUAAAAAAAAAGUUGCAAUUCGCUCAAGAUGUUAUUUCUAAGAAAGGAACUACAAUUGUCAAAGCCGUUCUAAGCAGCUUCGUGCAACGAAUCUUCAGAAUUUGGAACAGUUUUGUUGCUCACGUCAAAAAGUUGAUCAAUUAUAAAAUCGGCCAAUGUCGUCCCUUAACGGACAUCUAUAACUAUGUUGCUAUCGAAAUGGUGUGCGGCAUAGUUGAUUCCUUCAAUGCCUACUGGUUUGGAUUGGGGUGGUGCCUUUUCUUCUUGCUGUUCAACCUCAUCGUCGCAGUCAAACUGGCCAAGUACUACCGUCGAAUGAACUAUUCGGACGAACUGGAUGCAUCUGACGAGAUCUUGCCGACCACUGCAACAGUAAACCGCCACAAAGCCAGCCUACUCCCGAACAAUAAAAUUUUUCUUUUUCUUCUAUCAAUCUUUCUUUCUUCUCUUUUUCUUUCUAUGCAAAUCUAUUCUUUCUCUAUUUCUUUGAUUAUCUAUCUAUCUAUCUAUCUAUCUAUCUAUCUAUCUAUCUAUCUAUCUAUCUAUUACUUUCUUUUCAGUAUCUAUCUAUCUAUCUAUCUAUCUAUCUAUCUAUCUAUCUAUCUAUCUAUUACUUUCUUUUCAGUAUCUAUCUAUCUAUCUAUCUAUCUAUCUAUCUAUCUAUCUAUGUCACUCUGUCCGUAUCUAUCUAUCUAUCCAUCUAUCUAUCUAUCUAUCUAUCUAUCUAUCUAUCUAUCUAAUUCUGCUUCUAUCUCUAUCUAUCUAUCUAUCUAUCUAUCUAUCUAUCUAUCUAUCUAUCUAUCUAUCUAUGUCAUUCUGUUCCGGUAUCAAUCACAUUCCGUAAUCUAUCUAUCUAUCUAUCUAUCUAUCUAUCUAUCUAUCUAUCUAUCUAUCUAUCUAUCUAUCUAUCUAUCUAUCUAUCUAUCUAUCUAUUAUCUUUCUUUUAUCUAUCUAUCUAUCUAUCUAUCUAUCUAUCUAUCUAUCUAUCUAUCUAUCUAUGUCACUCUGUCCGGUAUCAAUCACCAUUUCUUUUCUAUCUAUCUAUCUAUCUAUCUAUCUAUCUAUCUAUCUAUCUAUCUAUCUAUCUAUUACUUUCUUUUCAGUGUCUAUCUAUCCAUCUAUCUAUCUAUCUAUCUAUCUAUCUAUCUAUCUAUCUAUCUAAUUCUGCUUCUAUUUAUCUAUCUAUCUAUCUAUCUAUCUAUCUAUCUAUCUAUCUAUCUAUCUAUCUAUCUAUCUAUGUCAUUCUGUUCGGUAUCAAUCACAUUCCGUAAUCUAUCUAUCUAUCUAUCUAUCUAUCUAUCUAUCUAUCUAUCUAUCUAUCUAUCUAUCUAUCUAUCUAUCUAUUACUUUCUUUUCAGUAUCUAUCUAUCUAUCUAUCUAUCUAUCUAUCUAUCUAUCUAUCUGUUCCUUAGAUUUUUAUGUGUAUCUACCACGCUCUUAUCCUUGGUCAAGGCCCCAUUCUUUUUCUAUGUCGGUCAUUUCUUUCUUUCUUUCUUUCUUUCUUUCUUUCUUUCUUUCUUUCUUUCUUUCUUUCUUUCUUUCUUUCUUUCUUUCAUAACCUUGUUUCUUUCUUUCUUUCUUUCUUUCUUUCUUUCUUUCUUUCUUUCUUUCUUUCUUUCUUUACACAACUCUAAUAACCUUAGUAAAAUAUCUCUGUUUCUACGCGUGUCACUUUCUUUCUUUCUUUCUUUCUUUCUUUCUUUCUUUCUUUCUUUCUUUCUUUCUUUCUUUCUUUCUUAG